AUGUACCAUACUAUUGAAGGUGAUCUCUCGACAGAGGAGCUAGCAGCGAAUCGACGUGACCAGACCAUUGAUAACGAAAACAAUAGAUUCCGCGACGAAACCUACUACAGCUCAAGAGAGUACCAUCUUGGAGAUAUUCAGGUGCCCUUGUUAAGCGUGGCUAAUUGGGGAGGUAUAUGUUUACAUUUGCGCGGAAAUGUCGAGGGAUGGACGUGGGCGGGAUCUGACCUAAAGUACUUACGCUUUAUUACUGGAAGACAUGAUUUGCCUUUCUACUACACACAAGAGGUCAAGAUUCAAAGGAGCUUCCUGGACGCCUUUCUAAAAGGCGAAGAUCGCGAAGGCUGGAGCGUCAAGGGAAAGCUUCCUCCUAUUGACCUUGUCCUGCGCAAAGGUGAUGCGGAAGUAGAGCAACAAUAUUCCCGCCGAACCGAGAAUGAAUGGCCAAUCGCACGCACGCAAUACACCAACUUCCACCUCACGCCAGAGGGAAAGCUGGCACGGAGUUUAUCCACCGAAAAACAGUGUAAGCUUUCAUAUAGAGCGCUCGGCACAAUCGAGGAGCCACAGCUUCUGGGCUUCGAGACCGCGCCGUUUGAAGCUCAAACUGAGAUUACGGGCCACGCCGUUGCACAUUUGACCGUCAGUGUUAGUCCGUACGCAACCAGCGAAAAUGUGCCUUCUGAUAUCGACCUCUUCGUCACCCUUAGGCAUAUUUCGCCGUUAGGCAGAGAAAUUCACUACACCGGCACCGCCGGCGAUCCAGUUCCUCUAACCAAGGGGUGGCUGCGAGUCAGCCUGAGAAAAACGGACCCCGCCCACUGGAAACACCGGCCAUGGCUGCCUUACCGACACUACACUAGUAAUGAUGUACAACCCGUUAUUGUCGGAGAGUUGUAUGCGGUAGAUGUGGAAAUCUGGCCGACAAAUGUUGUAGUGGAAGCUGGGGGGAAAAUUGUCUUUGAAAUCGCCUCUGGGGAUACACAAGGAUCUGGUGUCUUCGUCCACACAAGCCCACGUGACAGGUGA